AUGCGAACUUUUGCCGCCACGUCACGAGACAACAUCUUGUCGCUCCCGUUCAGCUUCCACGCGCUGUUCAUUGAGCUGCUCAACGACCUUACCACCAAGGUGCACGCGUUCGAGCGCUGGCAAGGCGCGUACGAGAACCCCGACGGCGCGCACGACUUCGAAGAGAUUGAAGAGGGUAUCGACCGCGUCGUCGACGACAUCUCGCCACAUUGGCUUCUCCAAGAGAAGUUGAUCUGGCUGAACGCGCUGCUGCGUCUUCACGAGCGUCGCGAGCAGCUCGCCGAAGCCGCUUGUUGUAAAGUGGCAAGCAUCGAGUACGUGCAGCGCGCGGGUCUUGGACACGGUUCAGACAGCUCGCACUUCGGUCGCUUGCAGCAGUGGGUCGUACGCGAGCUGUUCGAAGCGCGCAGGUACGCGAACCGAGCGGACUGGAUCGAGAAGGAGCUGGCCAUCAGUGAGUUGCUGCUGGUGGCGCUCAAGCAGCAGCGGCGCUUCAAUGAAUACCAGGAGACGACCGAGUACAUGGGCGCGUUGGUCCGCCGCCUCGCCGACAGGGACGACAGUCAGCACAACAGCUCGAGCUUCUCCUUCUACCGCGUCCGCUUCGCCGGCGGUUGCGUGCCGACGUUGAUCGCCAAAGACGAGUUCAUCUACAAGCGGAGCAAGUUCACGUCGCUCGGGGAGUUCGUAGGCGAGAUGAAGACCAUGCUCCGCGCCAAGUACCCGCAGUGUGAGCGCGUCGACGUCGUUCCAGAGCCGAAGCCUCUGACGGGAAGUGACAGCAACCCCAACGUCAUUUACUUGCGAGUCACCACGGUGGAGGAGGCACUUCCCGAGGAGCUCGCGCGGCUCAAAAUGGCGGAGCCCCGCAGUCAUCACUGGCGCGUGGCGUUCAAGUUUGCGGUGCCCUUCACGCUGGGCAGCGCGUCGUCCUACGGCAAGACGUCCGAGCAGAUGAAGCGACUCACGUUCCUGUCGGUGGCACGCGCGUUCCCGUGCCGACUGAGCAGGCAGCGAGUGCGUCUGCGUCACGAGGAAGUCCGCUGCCCCAUUGACAACUCCAUGGACGACAUCCAGAAGCGCUGCGCCCUGCUCCAAGCUGAGAUCGACAAGGGAAGAGUCGGCAAGACGGACCUGAAGACGCUCACGCUCGUGCUCAAGGGCAGCGUGGACACGCACGUGCACGGAGGCAUCCCCGAG